AUGAAUUUUGAAAAUUUAUGUCAAAUAUGUCAAGAAAAAUCAGCACCAUAUAAAUGUCCAAAAUGUCAAAUGAAAUAUUGUAGUUUAACAUGUUAUCGUGAUAUAUUACAUCAAAAAUGUUCAAAAAAAUUCGAUGAAAAUGAACUAAUCAAUUCUAUGAAUAUUGAUGAAAAUAAUCAUGAAAACCAGACAACAACAAAUUCAUUUGUACGAGAAAGAAUUGAAGAUAUUUUAAAAAGAAAAUUAGAUGAAAAAGAUUUUCAUAAUGAGGAAGAUGAUGAACAAAUUGAAGAAUUAUUUGAACAUUUAUUACCAACAAAAGAUUCAGAAUAUUAUCGAGAGGAAAUGACUAAUAUUAAUGAUGAUGAUGAGGAAGAGGAAGACGAUGGUGAAGAUGAAGGUGAAGAACGUAUUGGAAGUGAUGAAGAACCUAUGCCUGAUUUACCAAAUGAUCUUGAUGAAUCCGAUGAAAAUGUAAAUCAACUAUGGAAUUAUUUAACAAAAGAAGAAAAACAUGAAUUUAAGUCAAUGUUAAAUGAUGGACGCAUGUCACAUUUACUAAACGAUUAUAAACCAUGGAAACCAUGGUGGUUAUAUAAAACACAAGCACCUAGUCUUAUUACAGAUUUAGAAACUACAACAUCUUCUCCCUCAUCACCUACAUUACCUGAUACUAUUCCAACAAUAGCAUCUAAUAUAGUUUCACUUCCAUCACUGACUUCAAUUCUUCCUCAUAUUCAUGUUCGAUUUGAUCUUUUUGAAAUUCUUUUUGCUUAUGUUCUAAUUAGUAUUCGUUAUCGUGGAGAUUUUAAUUCCUAUAUAUAUGAAUCAGGUACUGAAUUCUUACAUAUCGCUUCAAGACAUUUUACACAAAAAUCAGAAAUAUUUGAUGAACAACAUGAUCCAAUAUCUAUUCUUCAUACACGUAUAUCAUUAGUUCGUGAACAUUUACAGGAUAAAAAUAUAUCUUAUCGUAUAUCUGAAGAAUUUUUUAUUAAUUUACUUGCUGAUAUUUUAACUAUUAUUCAUGGUCCAUAUUCACGUCAAACACCAUCAAAUAUUUAUGUAUUAGCUGCACUAUCCGAUCUUAAACGAUUUCUAAUAAACAUUCAAGAAUAUAAACCAUCAGUUGAAUCAACAGUAAAUGAAGAAUUAAAUCAAGAAAUACCAACAGCCAUAAAUGUAUUUCAUACUAAUCGAACAGUUAAACCAAAAUUAACAGUACAUAAACCGAAUAAUAGUAAAUUAUGUUCGAUUGUUUCAAAGACAUCGAAUCCAACGAAAACAAAAAAACCUGAAAAACUAAAAACAUUCAAUCGUAAAAUGGUUCUUAAUCUUUCACAUAAAAUUGAUUAUCUUCUAAGUUGGACAAUAACACAUUCAAACCGUCUUGUUAUGCUUGAAUAUGAAUUAGAACAAAUUGAACAUGAUCUUCGUCAUCAAUUAACUCAAUAUCAACGUGAUAAGAAUCGUAUUGAAAAAAAUUUAAAACAUAUUCGUUUACAACAACAAACAACUAAUAAUUCGAAUCGUAUUCAAGAAUUGUAA